CAAAAUAUGAAACAAGUGUUAGGACCGAGUAGCUCGUGGCGUGUUGGGUUGGGUAAGGGGGUUGUGGCGUGUUGCUUAGUGCGGGAUGAAGACUUGUGUGGGAAGCAACAUGAGGCUAGUGAGAGGGCAUGUGUGGGCGGUAGGGUGAGGCCGGUGAGAGGGGCUAAGGGCGUUGGUGUGAGGGAAAGAGAGGCGGUUGAAAAUGGGUGA